CCAGGCUAACCGAUCCCCAGCCAGGGAUGUCGCGGGAGGAAAGAGAGAAGGGAUCUACUGACAGCACCUGCUGGAUGUCCAACAACACUUUUUGCUCCUACUGUUGAUGCCACCUUGUCCUUCCCAGCCAUGAUAAACAGCUGACACAGUCCCUCCAGAUCACCAGAAGCCAAUCAGAGAGUCCUCAAAGUUCUUGGGAUGCACAACAACAAGAGCACCAUCCAACUGGUCAUGGAUUAUGACAAUGGCACAUGGCCUGAGUACCCGCUGCACCUAUUUCCCGCACCUCUGCUCACUGGUAUCACCAUCACCUGCGUCCUCCUCUUUCUUAUUGGGAUCUUAGGCAACAUGAUGACCAUGCUGGUGGUUUCCAAGUUCCGGGAUAUGAGGACAACUACCAACCUGUACCUUUCCAGCAUGGCUUUCUCGGACCUGCUGAUUUUUCUCUGUAUGCCUCUGGAUCUCUUCCGCCUCUGGCAGUACCGGCCCUGGAACUUUGGGGAUCUUCUCUGCAAGCUGUUUCAGUUUGUCAGUGAAAGUUGUACCUAUGCCACUAUCCUCAACAUCACUGCCCUGAGUGUGGAGAGGUAUUUUGCUGUCUGCUUUCCACUCUGGGCCAAGGUGGUGAUCACCAAGGGCAAAGUCAAGCUGGUAAUUCUAGUGCUCUGGGCUGUGUCUUUUGUCAGUGCUGGCCCUAUCUUUGUCUUGGUUGGGGUUGAACAUGAGAAUGGGACCAAUCCGCUGGACACAAAUGAGUGUCGGACCACAGAGUAUGCAAUCCAGUCAGGGCUCCUGACCAUUAUGGUGUGGACAUCCAGCAUCUUCUUUUUUCUACCUGUCUUUUGCUUGACUGUGCUUUACAGCCUCAUUGUAAGGAAACUCUGGAGGAGGAAGAAAAAGGAUAUUGGACCAAAGACUUCCAUCAGGGACAAGUACAACAAGCAAACUGUCAAGAUGUUAGCUGUGGUGGUUUUUGCUUUCAUACUCUGCUGGUUGCCUUUCCACAUAGGGCGUUACCUGUUUUCCAAAUCCUUUGAAGCUGGAUCCUUGGAAAUAGCUGUCAUCAGCCAGUACUGCAACCUGGUAUCGUUUGUCCUCUUCUACCUGAGUGCUGCCAUCAACCCAAUCUUGUACAAUAUCAUGUCGAAGAAGUAUCGAAAGGCUGCUUACCGGCUCUUUGGAAUCAAGCCACCUAGGAGGAAAAGACUAUUGGUGACAAAGGAAGGAGAAUCCUGUGCCUGGACAGAGUCCAGUGUCACAGUGACCUGACAGUGCUGAUGGGACAUAAUUGUCACCUAAAGCCAUAACAAAAUGGAAAAGCUGUUUGGGUUCCAAGAAUGGCACGCUAUUGCUUUUCAUGAUUCAAAAUGGCUGCAAUUUUAAAAUGCAGAGAGAUAUAUAAGAAAAUGAGAAAAAAAGAGUAAAGUGAUGAGCAUAUUGGUGAAAGUGCCACAGCAAAAUGCCCUGCCAAUGAAUGUGGAAACUGGACGUUGCUGGAUGAAUGUGAUGAUCUGGCUUGCAUCACAAAGAUUUGGUUGGAUAAAGCAGGGUUACCGUCAGCUGUGCAAUGUCAGAUGGGACAUGGAGAUUGAGAAAGGCAGCAUUGCAAGGAUCUUUUGUGAUUCCAUGACACUAACCAGAGGUUCCACCCCCAAACUCUCCAGUUUUGAAGGUGGGUCCCCAGGGCAAAGCUUGGAAUCUCUUUGAUUACAGCAACAGAGGCAACUGUGGUUCAUCAUAUUUUCUGGGCCUUACAAAUCCCAUGAGUCCUAACCAACAUGGCCAAUGGGGAGGGAGGUGGCUCUUGCCUGGCACACUGCCCAACAGCCUCUGUAGUCACAGGGGAGUUGUUGGGGGGAAAAAGAAUCCACACCUGACACCAUCCUGAUGGUAGUGACUUCAUGACCUUGAAAACAACUAUAUGCCUGUGUCAAUUGAUACCUGGCUCCACACAUUCUGGAAGAGAUACCUGGGAUAUCGUUUUGUGUAUUGGAUGAGAUAGUGAGGAAUGUAUGGAGGAACUCUCUAUCAUUCAGUCAUCAUGGAUGUAUUACUAGACUCACUUGGACCCAGAGCCUCUGCAAGAGCAGGGAGAUUGAUUAAAAUAGCCUGCCCUAGGUGGCUGGUGGAUCUGGAUGGGUAUUGGUUGGCUCUUAGGAUUUUCUCAUCACAUUCACUGGCUGUUAAAGUCUUGAUUUAUCUCUGGAAUGGGACAAAUGAAAUUACCAGCUUGGCAGAUGAAGGGAAUGCUGUGGAUAUAGCAUAUCUUGAUUUCAGUAAGGCCGUUGACAAGAUUCCCUCUUGAU